AAGUAUCACUUUGUGCAAAUUCAAAAUAAGGAUGUGGCUGGCUACUCGUUUAAACACAAGUAGUGCUGGAACCUGAGCCACCGUGUGCUGCAUUCCAACUCCGUUCAUCUGAUCCUAUCUACCCCAGAGUCUGAUGAAAGUAUUUCCUGGUGCUGUGGGUGACCACAUGGAGACAAAACCAUGAAUUGAGCGCAUCAGCCCCGUCCAUCUGGCUUUUCCGUGAUUGGUACACUCUCAUCGCUAAACUUAAGAACCAAAGUCAUUAACAGCUUUCCUAUGAAUGUUGAAUUAUUUUUAUCACCAUGGCAUCAGCCUGGAUAGCAAUGCUUGCCAUGCUACUGCUGGCAUUUGUGAAUGGAACGAAACAUGAGGUUGAAUGGUCCCCAUGUGCGGAGGUACACUCCACUUCCACUGUGGUAGUCUUGGGGUCACCCGUGACUGCCUCCUGCCUCAUCAGAGACGACUGCCCGCUUGUAAAAGGACAGGCUGCUCCUAACGUCGUUUGGAAACUCGACCAGCGGAGUCUCACAGAAGACAAUGAGAGUGAAGGAAGCACUGCAGCAUCAGCCAGUGAGGGUGGCUGGAACUCCACAGUGUUUAUACCGAGUUUCACCAAAACCAGAGGAGUCCUAACCUGUUCUGUCCUCCAUGCCUCCCAGUGUCAGAUCGUCGGUGGAGUGGAUAUUAGAGCUGGAUCUCCUCCUGAUGUACCUCAAGGCCUUCGCUGCCUGACUAACCUGACGAAACCAGAAACCCUCUUAUGCCAAUGGGACCAAGGACCGGACACCCACCUUCCCACAAACUACUCCCUCCACACUGAGAUCAGGGAUUUAUCAGAGAAUAACACUUACAUGCUGCCGCCAGAUAUUCAUCAUUUCAAGAUUCCACGUGCUGGCUUUGUUUUGUUCUCAAAUAUAGAAAUAUAUGUCAAGGCAGUGAAUGCCUUGGGUCAAGCCACCUCAAAACAUCUGCUGCUGGAACCCAUGAGCUCAGCCAAGUUUGACCCUCCGAAGGUUCUGAAGUUCCAAGCAGAGCCGAACAGGUUUGGCUGCCUGAAGCUCAGCUGGAGUCUUUCAGAACAGCAGAAGUGGGUAGUAACCAAAGUCAAUUUGGAGGUACAACUGAAAACGGCAAACAGCAGGAGCGAAGAACCGGUCCCAGUGCCACGCGUGGUACGUCAGAAACCCUUGGAUCUUUGCAAUCUCCUCCAUGGCACAGAGUACAGUGUGAAGAUACGGGUCAGCUACAAACAGAGCCAAUGGAGUGAAUGGAGUAACAACAAAACUGGAGUCACUCUUGAGAGAGCUCCCAACGGACAGCUCGACUCCUGGCUGAAGGUGUCCGGGGAGAAGAGGCAAAAGCUUCUCAGUGUAGACUUGUUUUGGAAGGUAUCGAAGCAGUUUCGUCCUAAUGGAAAGAACUUGUCCUACAUUGUCUCAGUCCGGAAACCACCCGGAGAAAAGUUGUGCAUCACACGGGAAAGACACUGUGCUUUCAGGCUUCCCCAAGGAGUCUGGAAAGUUUUCCUCAGUGCAAGGAAUGCUGCAGGAACAUCUCAACCUACUGAGAUUCCAGUAUUUAAACAAAGAGCUCUGCCUGCAGUCUCUGACAUUGAUGUUAUUCCUUACGGUGAGAGAUCACUACUGGUCCAGUGGACAAGAAUAGAUUCCUCUAGUAUCACUGGCUAUGUGGUGGAGUGGAGGCCAUUAUGGGAAAUGAACGCAUCCUUCAUCUUGUUUGACAACAUUGACAGGAAUCAAUCUAACAUUAUAAUAUCAGAAAUCAUUGAGCCAUACAAGCCUUAUGAGAUCUCCGUAUAUCCAAGGUAUAAGGAUGGGAUUGGCUUUUCUCAAAGCAUCAGUGCCUACUCCAGACAAAAGGCCCCAUCUAUUGCCCCUAAUCUGAGGGUUUGGGAGACGGGGCCUUUUGGUAUCGAGCUGACCUGGGAGGAGAUUCCACUAUUACAGAGGAACGGGAUAGUCCAAAGCUACCGGAUCUUCUACUGGAAUGAGCAAGGAAACAUCAAAGUUGUGGAUGCUGCCGUGGAAAAGAGGAGUGUGAUUCUAGAUGGGCUCAAACCUUCAUCCAACUACAAAGCCUUCAUCAUGGUUAGCACAGGCGGCGGGAGUCUGAACGGAUCUGAGGUUACCCUCAAAACGGAAUCAUUAGAUCCCUUGGCUAUCAUCCUGAUAGUUAUUUCCUCUGGUGUUGGCCUGCCAUUGUUCAUCAUUAUUUCAGUACUGGUCUGCUGCUCAAAACGGCUGAAGAUAUGCUUUUGGCCGAAGAUCCCCGAUCCUGCCAACAGCAGCAUCAAGAAGUGGACCGCAUCGGAUUCAGUGCAGGAUAUUCCCCUUGCCAAUGACACACAGGAACCCAGCCUGAUCUAUCUGUCCCAUCUCAGUCUCUUGGACCCUCCACAGAAGAGUCUUGAGAAGAGAGGGGGUGGGAUCAGUGAUGAUCCCUGGUUCCGCUCCAGUGACACCAGUGACCUGGGCGAGUCUAUUUGUGGUUCCCCCCACAUCUUCAACCCUGGCUACACAGGGUUAUUUGAAGACUCAGUCCCAUAUGCCACUGUUGUCUUUGAUAGCCCAUACUCAAGCCAGCCACCGAGCCAGUCCCACGCCUACCUGCGCUCAGAGUCCACGCAGCCACUCCUGGAAGAAGAGCCUGAGGAGCUCUCUAGCCCAAAAGAGUACCAGAAUAUACCAGUCCACAGGGAGCAGGUUUUCUUCAGAGAAUGCCUGGAUGACGGCCUGGAUGAUGGCCUUGAUAAUGGUGAAUUAUGCACACUGUGGGAUGACUUUCCCAUGCUUAGAGCUUUGGCAAUGAAUGAUGUUGAAAUUGAAACCUAAUCGCAGGGUUUAUUGAGCUUUUAAAGUGUAAGACUUGGGAUGGAUGUUUAGCCCGCAUCAUGGUGUCACAAUGUGAACUAUUAAAAUAACUAUGACUGUUCAUCUGGAUAAGAGGAACAUGAAAACA